UGUCAAAUAUCAAGCUCAAGCAUCAAUCAAGAUUGUAUUGAAUUUGAUAAUUUUUAUAUUGUUUGUAAUUUGGUUUAGGUAAAUCGUGAAAUCAAAAAGCAUUAAAAUGUCUAUUCUUGAUAAAUUAACAGUAGACAAACAAGCUAUGAAGAAUCGAGCUACAGCUCAUCUUCGAAUUUACGUUGGUGGGAUAACCGAGAGAGCUACUUUAGAAGAAUUAUACGAGCAUUUUUCACCAUUCGGACAAAUUACAGGCCUGAUUUAUAACAGAUCAUUUGGGUUUGUGCAAUUUGAAAAUGAAUCCAGUGCUCAAGAAGCUAUUGCUAAGGCGGAUGGUAGUAUAUUUCAAGGAAAAUCAUUAUGUGUCAGAACAGCAGUAACUGAUAGACAAAGACGGGAAAUAGAUUAUACUCCAGCUUCAAAUACAGAAGGAACACCUUCAAAUGACAGCUUUACUAAUGAAGGAAAUGACGAGCAAUCCAACUUCAACUAUGGAGAUCAGAGACAACCAAAUACAGAUUUCAGAGAGGAAGAGACUGAUGAAGGUUAUGGUAAAGGGUAUGGAGAAAGUUAUGAGGCGAAUGAACCUCAUGAGCCACGUGAACCUCGUGAGUUACGUGAGCCUCGUGAGUUACGUGAACCUCGUGAGUUACGUGAACCCCGUGACCCGAGAGGGGGAAUGCGCGGUCGCGGAGUUUUGCGAGGGAGGGGCAGGGGACGUGGUGGUCCUAAUUACCGGGACCGAACACCAGUUACUCCUAGAGGUAGUGAAUGGCCGGAGAGAAGCAGUUUUGAGCGGUAUCCUCCAGCAGACUUUCCCAGGAGUCUACCUAUCACGGAACGGAAUGAUUGUGAGAUUAUUGUUGUCUCGAAAGCAUUAACGGAAUAUGCUGAAUACAUAGAGAGUAGACUAAAACGUCUAGGUAUUGUGGUGGACCUGCUAUUUCCCAUGGAAGAUGUACCUAUCGGCAAAGUGCUGGGCAACAUCGCAUCACGCGGUUGUCUCUACGCGAUCCUUGUGAUGCCACAGAAUGAGGAAAAUAAAUCUUUAACACUUACAUUUUUACAUGGAUUACCACAAGAGCACCGCAACAUGCCGCUGGAGGAUGCGCUGCAGCUGCUGUCGCGCAACUUCCAGGAGGUGCAGCAGGGGGGCACCUCCGGCCGCGAGGCGGUGUACGCGCUGCUGGGCCAGCUCGCCGACGGCCGCAGCCUCACCGUGCUGCAGUACGACAAGGUCAUCGAGUACCUGCAGGUCGGCUACACUAGCCAUUGUAAUCCUAGCUUUUAAGUGCGAAGGAGUCAG